ACCGGGACCACAUGACCACCUGGGUAGAAGUAGCUGUGACUCUGUCACCCAGCGUUUCUCCGGAGGGAAGCUUGGGGGGAGGCUUUGGCGGCUUUUGGGAGACCAUUAAAACGCUAACCGGGCAAAAGUGGGAUUUGAGGAACUCCGGACCUUAGUGGAUGGCCAGGGACCUACAGACUCUCAAAGGAAUCUUUCUCUGAGCCUCUAAAGGGGUCUCAAGAUGUCGCAUCGUAUCGUGGAGGAGUACGUGGAGGAAUGGGAGGAGGAAUACGAGGAAGAGCUGCAAGGGGUGGAAGAAGAUGAUGAAGAAGAGGAGGAAGAAGAAGAAGAGGAGGAGGAGGAAGAAGAAGAGGUGGAAGAGGAAGUUUUGGAUGAGAUGCCAACGACGACACACGUCACUCAUGAGCACCACACUCAUCAUCAUCAUCACGACCACCAGUCGGGCUUGCCCACCAGGAAGGUGGUGAAGAAGGUGAAAGUGGACACGUCCAAGUUCAUCACCCCGUACCUGGCGCACAGCAAGAAAAUGCUGGAACUCUACAGCAACAACAAAUAUCGGGAAGAGUACGACAAGUCCAGAGGAAAUCCUCCCGCCAUCACCACUGAAACGCCUGAGAUGAUUCGCAUCCGCAAGGCUCAGGAGCAGCUCAGCGAGAUCAAAUACCGCAUGGAGGGCAACAAGUCAAAGACGGGUAGCUUGUACGACGGCCAGGCACGGGAGAUCGCCCACGUCAAGCAGGUGUCGGACCUCAUCAGCAAGGUCCUCUACCGGCAGAAGUGGGACGAGACCAAGGACAAGUACCUGCUGCCCCCGGAUGCCCCAGAACUGGUUUUGGCCGUCAAGAAUGCUGCCAACUGCAGCAAAAAAAUGUACACGGUGGACUGGGACGAGGAGAAGACCAUGUUCUGCCCGUACAGUGACAGCCCCGAACUUCGUCGGGUGGCCCAGGCUCAGGAGGUUCUCAGUGACGUCCAGUACAAAAAAGGGCACAAUGAGCGCAAGGCCAAGUACACUGCCCUGGCCGAUCCCCCCGAGGUGGAGCUGGCCAAGAGAGUCUCUGACCAGCGCAGCGACCUGAAGUACAAGGAAGCGUACAACCAAGACGUAAAGGGUCAGUGGUGCGAGACGCCCUACUAUGACGUGGCUAUGGCCAGGGUGGCCAUGGAGAACUUCAGCAAUAGGAAAUACACGCAAGAUUACGAGGACAACAAAGACCAAAUCUACUUCAUGGAAACCGAAACGCCCGUCUACGAUACCCACAAGAAAGCGGGCGCCGCCGCCAGUGGCGUGCAGUACAAGAAGGAAUACGAGAAGACGAAGGCCCAGUCGGACUACAACACGCUGCCGGCCUCCGAGAACCCGCUGCUCAGGCAGCUCCGAUACGCCGGCACCAUCCUCAGUGACAAAGUGUACAAAGACAACUACGAGAAGGCCCGAGGAUUCAGCAUCAACUACUGUGAAACGCCCAAGUUCCAAGUGGACUCUGUUCUCAAACAGUUGACGGACACACGCUACAAAGAGAAGUACGAAAACGAAAUCAAGGGUCAUUACAUGGGCAGCUACGAGGAUGUCUACAUGCUCCACUGCCAGCGAGCGGAGGACAUGAAGAAAGAGAAACUGUACAAAGCCGAUUACGAAGACAUGAAAACGCAAUGUUUCUUCCCCCAAACCGUCACGCCCGAGUACGAAGCAACCAAGAAGCUGGACGAUUGCAAAGAUAAAGUUUACCGGCAGCAUCCGGACAAAGUGAAAUUCACGCAAGUGACCGAUUCGCCGGUUUUGGUACAGGCUGCCAUCAACGCCAAGCAGCUGAGUGACCUCAACUACAAGGCGCUGUACGAAGAGACCAAGCACAAGAACAGUCUGCCUUCAGACUACCCCUUCUUUGUCCAGUCCAGAGUCAACGCCUUCAACCUCAGCGACAACUGCUACAAAUACGACUGGGAGACAUCCAAGGCCAAUAAGUUUGAGAUUAAGGAGGACGCCAUCCCAAUCUUGGCCGCCCGGGCUCACACUAACAUCGCCAGCGACGUGAAAUACAAGAAGGAGUAUGAGAAGAACAAGGGUCAGAUGGUCGGCGCGCUCAGCAUUCACGAUGAUCCCAAGAUCCUGCACUCGGUUCAUGUGGCCAAAAUCCAGAGCGAUCGUGAAUACAAAAAGGACUACGAAAAGAUCAAGACAAAGUAUCACACGCCUCUGGACAUGAUGUCCGUCACCCAGGCGAAGAAGUCGCAGGCCAUCAGCAGCAUGGCCGGCUACCGCAGCAUUAACCCUAACUUCUUCAUGCCCCAUGAUGCCGUACUGUUGGACACGGCCAAGAAGGCCAACAUCAUCCAGAGUGACAACGAGUACAAGUCUGACUACAACAACUACAGCAAGGGGACCCCGUGGGUGCCGCUUGGCUCCUUGGACGUGGAAAAUGUCAAGAAGGCCGGGGAAAUCCUUAGCGAGAGAAAUUACAGACAGCACCCCGACACCAUCCCCUUCACAUCCAUCGACGACCACCCCGUCAUGAUGCAGGCCAAAGUCAACCAGCUGCAGAGGAGUGACCUGUUCUACAAGCACGGUCUGGAGGCCAUCCACCAGAAGUACUCCCUACCCCCGGACAUUCCCGAGUUCCUCCAGGCCAAGUGCAACGCCUACAACAUCAGCAACAACUACUACAAGUACGCCUGGCAGGACAUCAUCGCGAAAGGCUACGACCUGCAGCCCGACGCCAUCCCCAUCGUUGCCGCCAAAGCUGCCAGACACGCUGCCAGUGAUGUCCAGUACAAGAAGGCGUACGAGAAGGAGCGAGGCCACCACGUGGGCUUCCGUAGCCUCCAGGAUGACCCUCUGCUGGUCCACUACAUGGAGGUGGCCAAGCACCAGAGCGAAAAGAAUUACAAGAAGGACUACCACAAGGCCAAACUGAAGUACCACACGCCCGUGGACAUGUUGAGCGUGGCCCACGCCAAGCACGCCUCGGCCGUGCAGACCAGCAUCAACUACAAGCAGCCCCAACACAACUACUGCCUGCUACCGGAUGCCAUGAACCUGGAUCUGGCUCGGAACAUGAAUUUCAACGCGAGUGACUACCAGUACAAACGGGAUUACGAUAACUACGUCAAGGGAAUCGGUUGGAUCCCGAUCGGCUCACUGGAGGUGGAGAAGGCAAAGGCGGCGGCGGCAGCUCUGGACGAGAAGAAAUACAGACAGCACCCGGACACCCUCACGUUCACCAGUCCGCCUGACUCCAUGACCAUGGAACUGGCCAAGACCAACGCUCAGAUUCUCAACGCGAAAGACUACAAGGCCAGUGGCGAGAAGUACAUGCACACCUACCAUCUUCCUGCUGAUGCUCCGGAACUGAUGCAAGCCAAAUACAACGCUGUCAACAUCAGCAAGAAUUACUACACCUACGCUCACCGGCAAGAUCUGCUCAAAGGGCAUCACAUGAGGGAAGAUGCCAUCCCCAUCGUGGCAGCCAAGACCUCCAGAGACAUCGCCAGCAACUACAAGUACAAACUGGCUCACGAGAAGGCAAAGGGCCAGCACGUGGGCUUCCGUAGCCUGCAGGAUGACCCCUUGCUGGUCCACUACAUGGAGGUGGCCAAGCACCAGAGCGAGAAGAACUACAAGCAAGACUACCACAAAGCCAAGCUGAAGUAUCACACGCCCGUGGACAUGAUGAGCGUGGCCCAAGCCAAGCACGGCUCGGCCGUGCAGACCAUGAUCGGCUACAGGACGUACCUUCACGACUACACGCUUCUUCCCGACAACUUGCGAGUGAACCGUUGCAAGGACGUAAUGGAGAUUCAGAGCGACAAUAUUUACAAAGCCGACUACACAAACUACUACAAAGGAGCCGGGUGGGUUCCGAUCGGUUCUCUGGACGUGGAGAAGGCCAAAGCUGCCAAGUUGGCACUGGACGAGAUCAACUACCGUCAGCAUCCGAGCACGUUCAAGUUCACCAGUACCAGUGACAGCAUGAACAUGUCCUUGGCUCUGAGCAACUCCAAGCAGCUGCACCCUACUGCUUACAAAGCUUCCGGUGAGCAGUUCAAGCAUACCUACAACCUGCCGUCCGACUGCCCUGAGUUCAUCCUGGCUAAAUCGAAUGCGGAGAACAUCAGUGAGAGUCACUACAAGCAAAAGUGGGUGGACGAUAUCGCCAAAGGCUACGACUUGAGGCCUGACGCUAUUCCCAUCCUGCAUGCCAAGCAUGGAAGACAUAUUGCCAGCAAUGUGCAAUACAAGAAAGAGUUUGAGAAGGAGCGAGGCCACCACGUGGGCUUCCGUAGCAUCCAGGACGACCCCCUGCUGGUCCAUUACAUGGAGGUGGCCAAGCACCAGAGUGACAGGAACUACAAGAAAGACUACCACAAGGCCAAACUGAAGUACCACACACCCGUGGACAUGUUGAGCGUGGUCCACGCCAAGCAGGCUUCGGCCGCCCAGACCAUGACCGGCUACAGGAAGCUGCACCACACCAACGCUCUCCUCUCUGACGCCAUGAACUUCACGCUGGCUCGUACCAUGAACACCCAGUCUAGUGACUGUGAUUACAAGUACGACUGGAACAACUUUGUCAAAGGUAUCGGCUGGGUUCCCAUCGGCUCGCUCGCGGUAGAAACCGCCAAGGUCGGCGGGGACAUCCUAAGCGAGAACAAGUACCGCACUCACCCGUCCAACUUCAAGUACAGCAAACUGAUGGACUCCAUGGACCUGGCUCUGGCCAACACCAACAAUCAGAUCAUGGAUAAGCAAGCUUACACGGCCGCUUGGGAAAAGGACAAACGGACAGUCCACAUCAUGCCGGACUCUCCUGAGAUUGUCCUGGCCAAGGCCAAUGCUAUCACCAUGAGCGACAAACUUUACAAAUCUGGUUUGGCGGAGAUGGCCAACAAGGGCUACAAUCUGAAACCAGAUGCCAUUCCCAUCGUAGCCGCAAAGUUAGGAACAAAUAUCGCCAGUAACUUUAAGUACAAACUGGCUUUCGAGAAAGCACGAGGCCACCACGUGGGCAUACGUAGCCUCCAGGACGACCCCCUUCUGGUCCACUACAUGGAGGUGGCCAAGCACCAGAGUGACAGGAACUACAAGAAAGACUACCACAAGGCCAAACUGAAGUACCACACACCCGUGGACAUGUUGAGCGUGGUCCACGCCAAGCAGGCCUCGGCCGCCCAGACCAUGACCGGAUACAGGAAGAUGCACCAUACCAACGCUCUCCUCCCCGACGCCAUGAGCUUCACGCUGGCUCGUACCAUGAACACCCAGUCGAGUGAUUGCGAUUACAAGUACGACUGGAACAACUUCGUCAAAGGUAUCGGCUGGGUUCCCAUGGGCUCGCUCGCGGUAGAAACCGCUAAGGUCGGCGGGGAUAUCCUAAGCGAGAACAAGUACCGCACUCACCCGUCCAACUUCAAGUACAGCAAGCUGAUGGACUCCAUGGACCUGACCCUGGCCACAGCCAACAAUCAGAUCAUGAAUAAGAAAGCAUACACGGCCGCCUGGGAAAAGGACAAACUGAGUGUUCACGUCAUGCCGGAUGCUCCUGAGAUUGUUCUGGCCAAGGCCAACGCCAUCACUAUGAGCAACAAAAAUUACAAAGCCGGCCUUGUGGAAAUGGCUAACAAGGGCUACGAUCUCAGAGCUGACGCCAUCCCGAUUGUGGCCGCCAAGUCUGGUACCAACAUUGCCAGCAACUACAAAUAUAAACUGGCUUUUGAGAAAGCGCGAGGCCACCACGUAGGCUUCCGUAGCAUUCAGGAUGACCCUCUACUGGUCCACUACAUGGAGGUGGCCAAGCACCAGAGCGACAAGAUCUACAAGCAGGACUACCACAAGUCCAAACUGAAGUACCACACACCUGUGGACAUGUUGAGCGUGGUCCACGCCAAGCAGGCCUCGGUCGCCCAGACCAUGAUUGGAUAUAGGAGCAUUGUCCCCCACUACACCAUCCUGCCUGAUGCCAUGAACCUGCAACUGGCCCGCAACAUGCAGUUUAUUGCGAGUGAUAACGAGUACAAGAGCGAGUAUCAAAACUUCAUCCGAGGAAUCGGUUGGGUUCCCAUCGGCUCGCUGGAUGUGGAGAAAGUCAGAACGGCCGGCCAGAUCUUGAGGGAACAUGGGUACCGCCAGCAUCCCAGCAGCUUGAAAUUCACCAAGGACAUGCACUCCAUGGAUCUGGCACUGGCCACCGCCAACAACCUGAUAAUGGAUAAGCAAGCUUACACCAAAGCUUGGGACCAUGACAAGAAAACCAUUCACAUCAUGCCGGACGCAAUGGACGUUGUUCUUGCUCGGGAAAACAGGAAGAACUACAGCGAGAAACGGUACAAACUGGACAAUGAGCUUGCCAAGAAGAAGGGUCACAACCUUCGUGCUGAUGCCAUCUCCGUGCAGGCUGCUAAAGCCUCAACUAUUAUUGCAAGUGACUACAAGUACAAGACCGGAUACCGCAAGCAGGUGGGCCACCACAUCGGUGCCCUCAGCAUCCAGGACGACCCUCUCCUCAUGCUGGCCCUGAACUCGGCCAAGAUUGCCAGCGACGCCCUCUACAAGAAGGACUUCAACCAGUCCAAGACCAGAUUCCACCUGCCAGUGGACAUGCUGGCUUUCGAGCUGGCCAAGAAGAACCAGGUCCAGGUCAACCACACCAACUACAUCACCCGUCUGCACAACUGGACUUGCCUGCCCGACUCCAACGAUGUCCGCCAAGCCAGACACGCCUACGACCUGCAGAGUGAUGUGGUCUACAAGGAAGAGCUGAAGUUUCUUCAGGGCACCGGCUGGGUGCCUAUUGGUUCGCUAGAUGUGGAGAAGGUGAAGAAAGCCGGUGAAAUCCUAAAUGAACAGAAAUAUCGUCAGCACCCGAGCAACUACAAGUUUAAGGUCACCACCGAGGACAUGCCCAUGGUGCUGGCCAAGGCAAACGCUCAGAUCAUGAACAAGAAGGCAUAUCACGAAGCUUGGGAAAACCAGAAGACCUUGAUCCACCUCAUGCCUGACGCUAUGGACGUGGUCCUCGCAAAAGCCAACAACGUCAACUACAGCUUGAAACUGUACAAGCAGGCAUAUGAGGAGGCUAAGAAGGAAGGCUACGAUCUGGGCAAAGAUGCUAUUUCCAUCCUUGCAGCCAAGGCUUCCAGAGACAUUGCUAGUGAUUACAAGUACAAGACCGGAUACCGCAAACAAGUGGGCCACCACAUUGGGGCUCGAAGCGUGGAAGAUGACCCUCUCCUCGUGCUGGCUCUGAACUCGGCCAAAAUCGCCAGCGACGUGCUCUACAAGAAGGACUUCAACCAGUCCAAGACCAGAUUCCAUCUGCCUGUGGACAUGCUGAGCCUGGAACUGGCUAAGAAGUGCCAGAUUCAAGUCAACGACUUUAACUACCGCACUCACUUGCACCAGUGGACCUGCCUGCCUGACUCCAAUGACGUCCGCCAAGCCAGACACGCCUACGACCUGCAGAGUGAUGUGGUCUACAAGGAAGAGCUGAAGUUUCUUCAGGGCACCGGCUGGGUGCCUAUUGGUUCGCUAGAUGUGGAGAAGGUGAAGAAAGCCGGUGAAAUCCUAAAUGAACAGACAUAUCGUCAGCACCCGAGCAACUACAAGUUUAAGGUCACCACCGAGGACAUGCCCAUGGUGCUGGCCAAGACAAAUGCUCAGGUCAUGAACAAGAAAGCAUAUCACGAAGCUUGGGAAAACCAGAAGACCUUGAUCCACCUCAUGCCUGACGCUAUGGACGUGGUCCUCGCAAAAGCCAACAACGUCAACUACAGCUUGAAACUGUACAAGCAGGCAUAUGAGGAGUCCAAGAAGAAAGGCUACGAUCUGGGCAAAGAUGCUAUUUCCAUCCUUGCAGCCAAGGCUUCCAGAGAUAUUGCUAGUGAUUACAAGUACAAGACCGGGUACCGCAAACAAGUGGGCCACCACAUUGGGGCUCGAAGCGUGGAAGAUGACCCUCUCCUUGUGCUGGCUCUGAACUCAGCCAAAAUCGCCAGCGACUUCCUCUACAAGAAGGACUUCAACCAGUCCAAGACCAAGUUCAACUUGCCUGUGGACAUGCUGGCCUUCGAGCUAGCCAAGAAGAACCAGAUCCAGGUCAAUCACACCAACUACAUCACCCGCCUGCACAACUGGACCUGCCUGCCCGACUCCAACGACGUCCGCCAAGCCAAACACGCAUACGACUUGCAGAGUGAUAAUGUUUACAAGGAAGACCUGAAGCUGCAGCAAGGCACCGGCUGGGUGCCAAUUGGUUCGCUGGAUGUUGAGAAGGUCAAGAAAGCCGGUGAGAUCCUGAAUGAACAAAAGUACCGCCAACACCCGAGCAACUACAAGUUUAAACUCACGACCGAGGACAUGCCCAUGGUGUUGGCCAAGGCAAACGCUCAAGUCAUGAACCAGAAAGCCUACAUUGAUGCCUGGGAAAACGAGAAGACCCUAAUCCACGUCAUGCCUGACGCAAUGGAUGUCGUUCUGGCCAAAGCCAACAAUAUCAACUACAGCUUGAAAUUGUACAAGCAGGCAAAUGAAGAGGCCAAGAAGAAGGGUUACGACAUGCGCAACGAUGCCAUCCCCAUCCGAGCAGCCAAGGCAUCCAGGGACAUUGCCAGUGACUACAAGUACAAGACCGGAUACCGGGCACAAGUGGGCCACCACAUUGGGGCUCGAAGCGUGGAAGAUGACCCUCUCCUCAUGCUGGCUCUGAACUCAGCCAAGAUCGCCAGCGACGUGCUCUACAAGAAGGACUUCAACCAGUCCAAGACCAGAUUCAAUCUGCCUGUGGACAUGCUGAACCUGGAACUGGCCAAGAAGUGCCAGAUUCAAGUCAACGACUUUAACUACCGCACUCACUUGCACCAGUGGACCUGCCUGCCCGACUCCAACGACGUCCGCCAAGCCAGACACGCCUACGACCUGCAGAGUGAUACCGUCUACAAAGCAGACCUGAAGUGGCUUCAGGGUCUCGGAUGGUCUCCUGCAGGCUCACUUGAGGUGGAACAGGCCAAGAAAGCUGCUGGUAACUUGAGUGAGAUGAACUACCGCCAACCUCCCAGCAAAAUUCCCUUCACCAGCCCCAUUGACGCAAUGAACUUGGAACUGGCAAAGGCUAACGCUUUGAUCAUGAACAAGCGUCUCUACACCGAAGCAUGGGAGAAUGCCAAAACCCAAGUGCACAUCAACCCCGAUACUCCGGAGAUCUUCCUCUCUCAGCAGAAUGCGCUCAACAUGAGCAAGAAACACUACAGACAAGGUUAUGAGGCCGACAUCAGAAAGGGCUACUUCCUGCCCCCAGAUGCCAUCGCGGUGAAGAGUGCCAAGGCCUCUCGGGAUAUUGUCAGCGAUUACAAGUACAAAACGGGAUACCGGGCACAAGUGGGCCACCACAUCGGUGCUCGCAGCAUCAACGACGACCCCCUGAUCAUGCUGGCCCUGAACUCGGCCAAGAUCGCCAGCGACGCACUCUACAAGAAGGACUUCAACCAGUCCAAGACCAGAUUCAAUCUACCCGUGGACAUGCUGAGCCUGGAACUGGCCAAGAAGUGCCAGAUUCAAGUCAACGACUUCAACUACCGGACUCACUUGCACCAGUGGACCUGCCUGCCGGACUCCAGUGACGUGGUCCAGGCCAGGAAGGCCUACAAUCUGCAGAGUGACGUUGUGUAUAAAGCUGACUUGGAUGAGAUUGUUGGUGUGGGUUGGUCUCCACAUGGCUCACUGGAAGUCCAGAAAGUCAAGCACGCUGGCAAAAUUCUUAACGAUCGCCUUUACAGGCAUAAGCAAGACACUCUGAAGUACACGACGGACAUGAACGCCAUGCCUAUGGUCCUCGCCAAAGCAAACGCUGAGAUCAUGAACAAGAAAUAUUACAUCUCCGCUUGGGAGGCGGAGAAGGUGAAAAAUCACGUCAAUGCUGACCUGCCUGAAAUUCUACUCUCCAGAGCCAACGCUUACAACCUCAGCCAGAAAGUGUACAAGCAAGCCGUUGAGGACAUGUUCCGACAGGGCUACUCCAUGAAACCUGACGCAGUUUCCAUAGUAGCCGCAAAACACGGAAGAGAAAUCAUUAGUGAUUACAAGUACAAGACCGGAUACCGCAAGCAGGUCGGCCACCACAUCGGUGCGCUGAGCAUCCGUGACGAUCCUCUGAUCAUGCUGGCCCUGAACUCGGGCCAGAUCGCCAGCGACAACCUGUACAAGAAGGACUUCAACCAGUCCAAGACCAGAUUCCACCUGCCGGUGGACAUGCUGAGCCUGGAACUGGCCAAGAAAUGCCAAACACAAGUCAACGACUUUAACUACAGAACUUACCUUCACAACUGGACUUGUCUGCCUGACUCCAGCGACGUGGUCCAGGCCAAGAAGGCGUAUGACCUUCAAAGUGACGCUGUGUACAAAGAAGACAUGGAAUGGAUCAGGGGAUCUGGCUGGGUCACCGUUGGCUCAGUGGACGUGGAGAAAGCAAAGAAAGCGUCGGAGAUCUUGAGCGAGAGACUGUAUCGCCAGCCUCCCAGCAAUUUCAAAUUCACCGCCAAGACCACUGACAUGCCGUAUGCGCUGGCUCUGGCCAACGCUAAAAUCAUGGACAAGAAAGCAUAUGUGUCUGGGUGGGAGAGUGACAAAGUGAACCUUCACAUCAUGCCUGACACACCUGAGAUCAUCCUGGCCAAGCAGAAUAAGCUCAACACUAGUCCGAGACACUACCGCAAAGGCUACAUGGAAAUCAUUAAAAAUGGCUACACCCUCCCCAAAGACGCCAUUUCAUUAGUAGCAGCCAAGGCCUCUCGAGACAUCAGCAGUGACUACAAGUACAAGACCGGAUACCGCAAGCAGUGCGGUCACCACUUCGGCGCUCGUAACGUCGAAGAAGACCCUCUGAUCAUGCUGGCCGCACAUGCCGCCAGGAUCGCCAGUGACAACAUCUACAAGAAGGACUUCAACAAUUCCAAGACCCGAUUCAAUCUGCCCGUGGACAUGCUGAGCCUGGAACUGGCCAAGAAGUGCCAGAUUCAAGUCAACGACUUCAACUACCGGACUCACUUGCACCAGUGGACAUGCUUGCCGGACUCCAAUGAUGUGGUCCAGGCCAGGAAGGUCUACGAUCUGCAGAGUGAUGCUGUGUACAAAAGUGACCUGGAAUGGCUAAGGGGAUACGCCUGGUCACCUCACGAAUCGGUGGAGGUCAUCAAAGCCAGGAACGCGCAGAACAUCCUCAACGAGAGACUUUACCGCCAGCCGCCCAGCACGGUCAAAUUCACCAGCGUGGUGGACCUGCCUGCAAUCGUCCUGUCCAAGCAGAAUUCGGACAACCUCAGUGAUAGGAAGUACAAGGAGCUGUGGGAGAACGAAAAGACGUGCUUUGUGCUUCCGGCAGACACUCCGGCCAUGGAGCUGUCCAAGACAAAUUCGGUCAACAUCAGCAAUAAACUGUACACCAUGGCUUGGGAUGACCAGAAGGCCAAAGCCUACCAAAUCAAGGAGGAUGCCAUCGCUGUGCUGAAGGCCAAAGCAUCCAGAGAUAUCAUUAGCGACUACAAGUACAAGACCGGAUACCGGGCACAAGUGGGCCACCACAUUGGGGCUCGAAGCGUGGAAGACGACCCCCUAAUCAUGCUGGCCCUGAACUCAGCCAAGAUCGCCAGCGACGUGCUCUACAAGAAGGACUUCAACCAGUCCAAGACCAGAUUCCACCUCCCCGUGGACAUGCUGAACCUGGAACUGGCCAAGAAGUGCCAGAUUCAAGUCAACGAUUUCAACUACCGGACUCACUUGCACCAGUGGACCUGUCUGCCGGACUCCAGUGAUGUGGUCCAGGCCAGGAAGGCCUACAAUCUGCAGAGUGAUGCUGUGUACAAGUCUGACUUGGAGUGGCUACGUGGAGUCGGUUGGAUUCCGCACGAGUCCGUGGAGGUUUUGAAGGUGAAGCACGCACAGAAGAUCCUUGCUGAGAGAGGCUACCGGGUGAAGCUGGACGAGCAGAAAUUUGGCGUUCCGACCGAUCGAGUCGACUUGGCGUGCGCUAAGAAUGCCGCCGACAUCCUCAACGAGGCCAAAUACCGCGAGGCUUGGCAACAGGAGAAGACCAAUUACACGCUGGUGGAGACUCCAGUCAUGGUCACAGCCAAAGAGGCAUCCAAGAACAUACACCCGAAACUGUACUCCCAAGACUGGGACCACACCAAGGCCACUGGGUACUUCAUGCCCGAAGAUGCAGUGUCCAUAAAGCAGUGCAUUAGCAACACUAAAGUCCAAAGCAAACAUAAAUACCUGGAGGGAUACCGCAGGCAGGUGGGCCACCACAUCGGGGCCCUCAGCAUCCAGGACGACCCGCUCCUCAUGCUGGCCCUGAACUCGGCCAAGAUCGCCAGCGACGCCCUCUACAAGAAAGACUUCAACAAGUCCAAGACAGUGUUCAACCUGCCCGUGGACAUGCUGCAGUUCGAGCUGGCCAAGAAGUGCCAGAAGCAAGUCAAUGACGACCUCUACAGGACCCGCCUGCACGAGUGGACGUGCUUGCCCGACCAGAACGACGUCAUCCAGGCCAGAAAAGCCUACGAUCUUCAGAGUGAUUUCGUGUACAAGGCGGAUAUGGAAUGGAUGCGAGGCUGUGGGUGGAUGGCCCAUGACUCCGUGGACCAUGUCAAAGCCAGACGUGCUCAGGAAAUUCUCAACGAUAGGGUCUAUAAACAGAACGCAAAAGACCACUUUGGAAAAUUCACCCUUGUGGUGGACCGCCCAGAACUUAUCUUGGCCAAGACAAACGCGGCUAACCUGAGCGACCUUAAGUACAAAGAGACUUUCAACUUAGAGAGGGGUCAUUACAUUGGCUCAGAUGACACUCCUCAACUGGCCCACAGCAGGGAGCAGUCCAAGAUCAUCAGCGAGAAACUCUACAAACUGCAUUGGAACACAUCCAAGGCUGCUGACUACCAUCUGGACCAUGAGUACAUCCCACUUGUCAGUGGAAAGAAGAGCCGAGACAUCAGUAGUGAUGUCAAGUACCAUGACGCCCAUGAGAAGACCAAAGGGCACUACCUGGCUGAAACCCUGGUGGACUUCCCUGAGGUGAUGCGGCUUGGCGAUCAGGAGAAGAACAAGGGAGUGAGGCUUUACCAUCAGGACUACCACCAGACCAAGAUGAAGACCCACAUCCCGUCCGACGUCAUCGCCAACAAGGUGGCCAAGCGUUCUCAGGACAUGCUGAGCGACGUCAUCUACCGGACAUACCUCCACCAGUGGACCUGCCACCCCGAUCAGGAAGACGUCAUCCGAGCUCGCAAGACCAACGAGAUUCUCAGCGAUGUUUAUUACAAAGAGGAUCUGACCUGGAUGAAGGGUAUCGGCUGCUACGUAUGGGACACGCCAGAGAUCCUUCGCGCCAAGAAGGCCUAUGACAUGCAAAGUGAACUGCAAUAUAGAGACGAGGCCAAGAAGGAAUUCAACAAUUACUCCAUCGUGACCGACACGCCCGCCUACGUGACUGCAGUGCUGGGCAACACCUGGGCCAGCGACCUGAACUAUCGGGAGAGUUACCAUAAGGAGAAGCACCUGUACACCACCGUUCUGCACACCUACGACUACGCCAGAUGCCACAACUUCAAGCACUUCUUCAGCAACAAAAUCUACACUGACGCUUGGGACAAAUUCAAGGCCAAGGGCUACCAGAUCCCCCACGACUCAACCUCCAUGCAACAUUUCAAAAACCAGAAGACCAUCGUCAGCAGUGUGAAGUACAAGGAGGAGUAUGAGAAGUUCAAGUCCCUCUACAGUCUGCCCAAGUCUCUCGAGGAUGAUCCCGGCACCCUCCGCUGCCUCAAGGCCGGAAGACUGGUCCUGGACCGUCUGUACAAAGAGGACUACGAGAAAUCCAAGGCAAGGAACCACAUCCCGCCAGACAUGCUGGAGAUCAUGACGGCUCACAAAACCCAGACCAAAGUCAGCGAGAUCGACUACCGCAAAUAUCUGCACGAGUGGACCUGCCUUCCCGAUAUGCAGAUGUACGUCCAGGCCCGCAAAGUCAACGAGCAGCUGAGUGACAUGUUCUACAAGGAUGACCUGAACUGGCUGAAGGGCAUCGGCUGCUAUGCCUGGGAUACCCCGGAAAUCCUGCGUGUCAAGCGUGCGGGCGACCUUCAGAGCAGCAACAAGUACAAAGCCAAAGGUGUGGAAGCGUUCAAGGACUACUCAGUGGUGAUGGAAACCCCACUUUACGAGACAGCCAAGCAGAACACCGUCAACCGGAGUGACCUCCACUAUCGCUCCGACUAUCAAACCAACAUCAGGGGAACCAACAGCGCUCCUGCCGUUACUGUGGAAGGGGAGCGGGCUCGCCUGGCCCACCACAUUCAGAGUGAUAACUGGUACAAGGAGGCUAACAAGAACUACAUGCCCACCGGAUACACUCUGCCCCACGACAUGCCUCUCAUCAAGCAGGCCAAGAAAAACACCUUCAUUAGUAGCAUUGUGAAGUACAAGGAGGCCUAUGAGAUGACAAAGGCCAAGGGCUACACCAUUCACCCGGAGGGCGUCAAUUUCGUCAACUACAAGAAGGCCAACAAGAUCAUCAAUGAGCGCCUGUAUCGUGAGAAUUACCACAAGCUUAAGGACAAGAUCCACACCACCUACGACACCCCCGAAAUCAAACAAGUCAAGAUGAACCAGGAUCAUAUCAGCGACUUGUGGUACAAGGAGAAGUACAACAACUGUAAAGGCCAGCUGAUCUCCAUGCCCACUACACCGGAGCUGAUUCAUUGCUUCAACGUCAAUCAUAUCAGCAGCGAGCUGAAAUACAAAGAGGAUCUGAGCUGGCUGAGGGGCAUCGGUUGUUUCCUGUACAACACCCCAGAGAUGAUCCGCAUCCGCAAACUCAAUAAGUACAGAAUGGACUACCCAGUGGAGGCCAAGAAUAAUCUGCCGAACUACUCGGUGGUCCUGGACACGCCAGAGUACAAGCGAGUGUCGGAGCUCAAGAGCCACUUGAGCAUGCUGACCUACAAAGCUAGCAGCAAACAAGCGAUGGGCAAAGUCUCCACCACAGCCGACGCCGUGGAACUCAAGAGAGCCAAAGGGGCCCAAGAGCUGACCAAUCACUACUUGUACACCAAUGUGGCCGCUAAACAACGACCAAAGUACACCCUGGAAGUGGAAACCCCGCAUAUGGGCCACACCAGGAAGAUGAAAGUCAUGUCCAGCGAUAUCAAAUACAAAGAACAAUAUGAGAGGCUGAAGCACAAAUACACCACCAUUGGUGACACGCCCCUUCUGAUCACCACCAAGAAAGCCUACCUCCAAUCCAGCGAUCUCCGCUACAAAGAGACGUACGAGCUCACUAAAGGCCGCUACCACACCGUCAAGGACGCUCUGGACAUCGUCUACCACCGCAGAGUCACGGACGACAUCAGCAACGUCAAAUACAGAGAGAAUUACCUUAGCUCAAGGGGAACGUGGAAGUCUAUCCCGGAUCGUCCCGAGUUCUUCUUCAACAGGCUUGUCAACGACCACGUCAGCACGGUCAAAUACAAGGAGGACCUGGACUGGUUGAGAGGAAUCGGCUGCUUUGUGUGGGACACGCCCGAGCUGUUGCGGGCUGAGAAGAACAAGACCUUGUACAGUGAGCUACAAUACAAGGACUCCUUCAAGAAGAUCAGAGGAGAUUUCACGUACACCUCGGACUCGCCGUUCUUCCACACGGCCAGGCACGCCACCAGCCUCGUCAAUGAGAAAAAGUAUAAAUUCAAAGCAAAGGAACUCCACAAGAGCGGCUGCAAUGAGCUUCACCGACCAGACAUCCUCCUUGCCCUUGACCAGUCUUAUAUGGGCAGUAAGUGGCGUUACAGGGCACAAUACGAGCGUGUCAAGGACAAGUUCACCUCCAUCCUGGAUACACCCGAGUAUGAAACUAGCCAACGCGGCAAGAAGAUUGGCGACAUCGUUUACAAGAUGGAGUACAAUAAGAACAAGGCCAAGGGCUACACGCUACCUUACGACACGCCGCACCAAAACCUCAUGAAGAAAGUCAAGGAUAUGACCAGCAUUAUGAAGUACAAAGAGCUCUACGAGAGAAACAAGGCCCAUAUCAAUAUCGACCAUGAAGCUCACUCCAUCCGAGGCGCUAAGGAGGCUUACAGGAACAUCACCAAUUUGGAUUACAAGAAGAAAUAUGAAGCCACCAAGUUCAGGUGGAUGUGGACCCCGGAGAGGCCAGACUUUGUCAAUGCCGCCAAGAAUUCAGUGCAGCAGAGCGACUACGAGUACAAGUACGACAAGGAGAUGUUGAAGGGCUGCGUUAUACCCGUGGUGGACGACAAGCUUACCCUCCUGGCACAGAAGAACACGCAAAUCACCAGUGAGCUCAAAUACAAAAUGAAGUAUGAGAAGGCAAGGGGCCACUACCUGCCCGUGGCGGACACACCCCAGAUCCUCCACUCCAAGGCGGUGCGCAACCUGUCGUCCGUGAGCAAGUACAAGGCGGCCAGCAAAAAGCUAAUGCAGUCCGGUUCCUUCACCAUCAUGCCGCAGACCCGCGAAACGACUCACAAUAAGCAGAUCAACCAACUCGUCAGCAAGAACGUGUACAAAGCCAAGUUCGAGAAGGAGAAAGGCAAGUCCAUAUACAACAACAUGUGCGUACCGCCCGACAUCCAGCACGCCAUGGACGUGGCCAAGAAACAGAGCAAUCUGGACUACAAGAAGACCGCCAAAGCCAACCUUCACUACACCAAAGCUGUGACAGAUCGACCAGACAUCAAGAAGGCCACACAGACCGCCAAACUCGUCAGCGAUAUCGGCUACCGCAACAAGGCCCGCGAAGAGGCCAGCCGCGGAGGUUCUCUCACCUACCGGCCAGACAUCAAGCUGGCCACAGAAGUCUGCAAGCUCAACAGCCAGCUGAAGUACAAGGAGAAGUUUGACAAGGAAAUGAAGGGAAUGAGACCAAAGUAUGACCUGAAGGAGAGUACGGUCUACAAGACCUACAAGGACGCCCACACUCUGGCUAGCGAGGUGAAGUACAAAAGUGACCUGAAGAAGCUCCACAAGCCUGUGACCGACAUGGCCGAGUCUCUGUCCAUGCAGCACGGCCUGAGCACCAGCAGGCUGUCCAGUGACUUAUGCUACAAGAGGAAGUUUGAGAAGAGUAGGGGUCACUACCACGUGAUUCCCGACACACUCGAGCAGCUCCAUCACAAGGAGGCUUCGGAACUGCAGAGCAUCGUGAAGUACAAGGAGAAGUACGAGAAGGAGAGGGGCAAGGCCAUGCUGGACUUUGAGACGCCAACAUACGUGACGGCCAAGGAGGCACAGCACAUGCAAAGCCAGAAAGACUAUAGGAAGGAUUUUGAGGAGACCAUGAGGGGCAAGAACCUCUCGGGCAUGGAAGUCACGCCCGCCAUGAUACAUGUCAGACAUGCCACCAAAAUAGCCAGUGAGAAAGAGUACAGGAGGGAUCUAGAGGAGGGCGUGAAGGGUAAAGGGCUAACUGUACUGGAGGAAACCCCCGAGCUUUUGCGAGCGAGGAAUGCCACUCAUAUCCUGUGCGAGAAAGAAUACAAGAAGUCGCUGGAGCAAGAGAUCAAGGGCAAGGGAUUGCUGGCCUUGGCCACCGACACCCCGGACUUCAUGCGGGCCAGGAACGCCACCGACAUCCUCAGUCAGAUCAAGUACAAGCACACGGCCGAGAUGGACCGAGCCAGCUACACCACCGUCAUCGACACUCCGGAGAUCAUCCACGCUCAGCAGAUGAAGAACAUCGUCAGCCAGAUCAAGUACAAAGAGGAGGCGGAGAAGACCAUGUCCCACUAUGUCCCAGUUCUGGACACCCCUGAGAUGCAGAGAGUCCGUGAGAACCAGAAGAACUUCAGCACUCUUCAAUACCAGAGUGACCUAAAACACAUCAUAAAGGGCAAAGGGUCUGCUGUAAUCACCCCUGAAAUUCUUCGCGUUAAAGAAAAUACAAAGAAUUUCAGCUUGAUUCAGUACAAAGAGGAUGUGGGAGGCGGAACGGCUUUGUCCGAAACCCCGGAGAUGGAGAGAGUUAAACAAAACCAGAAGAACAUUAGCACGAUACAGUACAAGGAUUCUCUGAGUCAAGGUACGGCCAUACCAGAUCUUCCCGAGGUGAAGCGGGUCCGAGAAACCCAGAAGAAUAUCAGCUCGAUUCGGUACAAGGAUUCUCUGAGUCAAGCCACGGCCAUACCAGACCUCCCUGAGGUGAAGCGGGUCCGAGAAACCCAGAAGAAUAUCAGCUCGAUUCAGUACAAGGAUUCUCUGAGUCAAGGUACGGCCAUACCAGACCUCCCUGAGGUGAAGCGGGUCCGAGAAACCCAGAAGAAUAUCAGCUCGAUUCAGUACAAGGAUUCUCUGAGUCAAGCCACGGCCAUACCAGACCUCCCCGAGGUGAAGCGGGUCCGAGAAACCCAGAAGAAUAUCAGCUCGCUGCAAUACAAGGAAGACGUGGGACGAGGCACAUCUGUGUCGGAGACGCCAGAGAUGGAGCGCGUUAGACGCAAUCAGCAAAAUAUUAGCACGAUCAAAUACAGGGACUCCCUGGAUCGCGGCACGGCCAUCCCGGACCUGCCAGAAGUGAAGCGGGUCAAACAGACCCAGAGGCACAUCAGCUCGGUGUUGUAUAAGGACAGCUCGGCCAAGGGAACCCCCGUGGUGUUCACACCGGAGAUGGAGCGAGUCAAACGGAACCAAGAGAACAUUAGCUCGGUGCUGUAUUCCGACAGCUUCCGCAAGCAGGUCCAGGGCAAGGCCGCCUUCGUUCUAGACACCCCGGAGAUGAGACGUGUCAGGGAAACCCAGCGCAUCAUAUCUGGAGUGCGCUACCACGAGGCCUUUGAGAAGACCAAGGGCAGCUUCACGCCUACCACCACCGACCUGAUAACGGAGCGUGUGAAGAAGAACACCCAGGACUUUAGCGACAUCACCUACCGUGGCAUCCAGAGGCGCGUGGUCGAGAUGGAAAGGAGGCGCGCUGUCGAGCACGACCAGGAGACCACCACCGAUCUGCGAGUGUGGCGUACCAAUCCUGGUUCCGUGUUUGACUAUGAUCCGGCUGAGGACAAUAUCCAGUCCAGGAGUCUGCACCUGAUGUCUGUCCAAGCCCACCGCCGCAGUAAGGAGCACUCCCGCUCCACCAGCGCCCUGAGCGCCAUGAGCGGCGUGGCUGACGAGAAAUCCGAGAUUUCCCACGACCCAGAGCAUCACUUGUCCCUCUACAGCAACGGAUAUGUCACCACCUCUGGAUACGUCACCACUUCUAUGGGUUACCAACAAGCCAAGACCGUGGAACUGCAGCAGAGAUCUUCGUCCGUGGCUACCCAGCAGACCACCGUCUCUUCCAUCCCCUCACACCCCUCUACCACCGGGAAAACGGUGCGCGCCAUGUACGACUACCUGGCGGCCGACAGCGAUGAGAUUUCCUUCAAGGACGGCGACGUCAUCGUCAACGUGCAGUCCAUCGACGAGGGCUGGAUGUACGGUACCGUGCAGCGCUCCGGCAAGACCGGUAUGCUGCCUGCCAACUACGUGGAGGCCGUUUAAACGGAAAACGCGCGUGGGAAAAAUGUGUGUUUGUGGAGUUUGUCGCCUGUUUGUCAGUUUGUGUUGCCUGUGAAUCCCAAAAUUCGAUCGGACUCGUUUUGAGAUGACCUUCCUUCUCUCUCCCGUACAACCUGACCUAUUACUGUGUAUAAAUCAAAAACGAACAAAUAAUAUAUAUUGUCGGUGUUGUACGGAGUGAAACAAUCGGCUAAGACUACUUCCUAUACAUUUAACGAUGUCAUGCACCUAAAGAAGUCCACGAUCAAAGCACUCUUGAGUUGUCAGAGAAAAUACUCCAGUGUUUCCCUCCAUUAACUGAACCCUGACCACUAACUAGCCCACUAACUAGUACACUAAGUACAAGUACUAGUUCAGUGUGUGUUUUGUUUUUGAUGGCAAAGUGUAAUCCUUCACCAGUAGCUAUUAAAACCAAGUUCCUGCAGUACUCA